AUGGGCACGCCCGUCUUCGGCUUACGAGACAGCGUUGUGGACCUCGACCUUCAUCUCGGAGAUGAUCUGCAGCUCACCUUCUUCUACACCGCUGAGGAGAAUGACGAACACAUUUGGAACAGUCCUCAUGUUCACAUCUCCACCAUGCGCGCGAGUGAGGCGGGUUUGCCGUUGUCUAUCAAGUCCACAUUCAACGCCGGAGAAACUGGCCUCGAGAUAUUGCACCCCGCAAUUCUCAUCCUGUCCGCGUUCAAGCGGUGGUCCACGGCGCACACCUACACUUUUCCCAUGGUCCUCCGGAAGCUCAAGUCGGACCUAAGCGACAUCCACUUCAUCAUCGAGUGGCUUGCGGGAAGGCGACUGCGCAUACGCUUUCGUCAGUACGUGGGCAUGGCCAAGCUCGAGCUGCUCGCGGUGAUCCGACGAUACCACGACAAGUACAUCGACGACGUCGACCACAUGGACAAACUCCGAAGCAUUAUGCCUAGGGACUGGGACGUCAUGCUCUCUCUCCCAGAGACGAACACCCCUCCGUAG